AUGCCUGAACCCCACCACGAGGACCCCGCUUCCAGCCCAAAGUCCACCAUUUCGCAGCCGAAAAGUCAACAGCGACGCAACCCGCUAUUGCGGUGGACUACGGUAACGGUAACCCUCCCCCCACCAAUUUUCUUCGUCCCGCUACUUCUAGCCGCCAUUUACUUUCUCUUCUCUUCUUCUUCUCCUCAAGUCCAACAACAAUCUUGUUCGCUUCAAUCCGUUCCACAAGUUCAAACAGCUUCUCUAAGUUCCUCAACUCCAAAUAUCAACAAAAUGGCUACCGAGCAGACCUUCAUUGCCAUCAAGCCUGAUGGUGUUCAGCGUGGCCUGAUCGGCCCCAUUGUCAGCCGCUUCGAGCAGCGAGGCUUCAAGCUCGUUGCUAUCAAGCUCGUCACUCCCGGCAAGGCCCAUCUCGAGGCUCACUACGCUGAUCUCGCCGACAAGGGCUUCUUCGCUGGUCUCAUUGAGUACAUGAACUCUGGUCCCAUUUGCGCCAUGAUCUGGGAGGGCCGUGAUGCCGUCAAGACCGGCCGUACCAUCCUCGGUGCUACCAACCCUCUUGCCUCCGCCCCUGGCACUAUCCGUGGUGACUACGCCAUCGAUGUCGGCCGCAACGUCUGCCACGGUUCCGACACCGUCGAGAACGCCCAGAAGGAGAUUGCUCUCUGGUUCAAGGAGGGUGAGGCCGUUUCCUACAAGGCCUCCCAGUUCGACUGGAUCUACGAGAAGGCGUAA